AUGGAAACAGCCCUUUGGACUGUCGCCUUCAAAGCUGCGUCCUUCUUCAUUGGGAUGUCCAUGGUGUUGGUCCUCUCCUGCAUUGGCUCCUUCGCCUUCUUCUUCUUCUGCAGUACAGCCACUGUGUAUAAGAUCUGUGGGUGGAUGCAGCUGGCAGCAGGUACGUGUCUGGUGUUGGGCUGUAUGAUAUAUCCUGAUGGCUGGGAUGCUGAUGAGGUGAAGAGGAUGUGUGGAGAAGGGACGGACAAAUACACCAUUGGAGCAUGCUCAGUGCGCUGGGCGUACAUCCUGGCCAUUAUGGGCAUCAUGGACGCCCUUAUUCUCUCUUUCCUGGCUUUUGUGCUGGGCAACAGGCAGGAUGGACUCAUGUCCGAGGAGCUGCUGGGAGACAAGAGUGGAAAUGCAUAGACGCCAGAUACACUCAGGUGUUUCUGUCUCGUUCAAGGAAAAUCAUUAUGUGAAAUCACAAUCCAGCUUUACUCAUCACCCUGAGGGCAGGAAGCCUGACUGAAGCAGUUAAAGGAUGCAAACAGGGUGAAUGGAGUUGGGAACUCACUGCUUUUCUGUCCAUAUCCCUUCUUUUCACUUCACUCCCUGGAAUUGCUUCUCAACAAAUCCCUACCGUACUUUAAUUUACAGUGUUCUGUGCUACUAACAUGAUAGGGCAGCUAAUGCACCGUUUAGAAGUAACUUGACUUGGAUUAAUAAUAAUAAUAAUAUUUAUUUAUUUUACAUUGUGUUCUCCUUUAAAGGCCUGCAUUACAAUAAUGUUAAUAUUUUGGGAUUUACGAAUUACUGUAAAACACUGUUCUAUUUGACUGGAUUCUCCAAUAUAGAAGGAAACGUUUACAGGAUUGAAUUGUGGGAUGUACAUUCUGGCACAGAGCUGCACCACAGACAUUAUUGGCUUGUUAUUAUUUCUGUCACUACCACCCCUGGACAAAAAAAAAAAAAAAAAAAAGGCAGCAAAAUGGGACACUGAAUCCUGACCACUUAAAUGAGAGCCAAUUUAAAGGCAAGUGAUCAUUUAUCGGGUUUCAAAAUGUACAAUUAUUUCAACAACCCUAUCCAACAUUGUUUAAAAGGGGUAUGUAAACAGAAGUUGAGAGUUCACUGUUAAUAUAUUUUUUAAAAAUAAGUGUCAAAAUUAGGGGCAGACAUCUCUGCCAUUAGUAAUUGUGCACAGGCCAAGUAUAUAAAGAAGUAGGAGAGUGUUUUAAGUAUUAUGUACUGAGUGUAUAUGUUGAAUUUCUGUAUGUCUCCAAUUCGAUAUUUCCUUCUCGGCAAUGUUGGUGCUGUAUAGUUAUGCGUGCCAUAAUUAUGAUGUUCUCAGCUGGUACCGUUUUGUACUCUUGGUAUUAUCAUUCUGCCCCACCAAGACAAAUGAACAGCCUAGGAUCGCCAAUCAAAAAGAAAAAAUGUCACUGGAAAACCUGGAGGAUGUGGUUUCAAAAAGCAAAAGCCCACAGGAAAUGACCUCACUGUGUACCUUGUGCCACUCCCUCCGUUCUUGGACAACUGAAGAGUUUGGACAAUGCUGGAUGAAGUUCUGAAGGGAAAGAAAAAAAUGUUUCGCUUUAUUUAUUGGGUGUCUGUCUUGUCUGAUGGUGUUGUAUGUAGAAAAAGAUGUAAAUGCACCAUUAAAAUGUAUUAGUUAUAAAAGUUCAUUACAGACAAUUCACCCACAUUAAUGAAUAAAGAUUUUACCUCUACCGACUAAAAUCAAGGUAUUUCAUUUUUAGCAUUGUUGUAAAGAACAGACAUAUUUAUCUUAUUACUUUAC